AUGCAGAACGUCAAGAGCGCUCAGAGCUCUCUGAUAGCAGCUGUCGUUGCGGGCAAACUGGCAACGCUAUCCGUCAUGAGAGCUGCGGCGCAUGUGGUUGCCCGCGCUGCGCGUAUUGCCCGGUCGCGAAAAUCAGAAUUUGAGGUCAACAACGUAUCUUUACUUGUCGUCGCUAGUCCGAUCUCCUGCUUGAGACCUGACUUCUUCCAUGCCACACACCAGUGUAAUUCACGGCCGGGAGAGCUUUGGUGGCUUAUAUACACCGAUAAAGUCGUAUUCCAUCAAGGCAUUAGGAAUCAUUUACUCGCCUCACCAUUAUCAUGCGCUGGCGUCUUGGAUACGAUGGUGCAAGAGGACGAGCAAAGGUGGAAUGAAGCAGGGUGGGCUGAAGCAUGCUAUGCUGAGUGGGAUGAGCAGGGAUUUAAUGAGAGACGAGCGGCGACUCCAGCAACGACUGUCCCCUCGAAAGCACACUCUUGA